AUGCGCCUGCAAAAGAAGCUGAAGGACAUUGAAAAAGAGGCUACGGCGUCUCCAUCGCCAUUGCUCAAUACUUUAGACUCGUUGUCUGAUGAUGAGUUACCGGAUGACUUGAUUGUCUUUGAUGUUCCUUUCUCCAAUCCCCUCAAGGCACUUAGUGACCACAGAACUGCCUAUAAAACCUCCAUGUUUACUCAGUGGGGGUCUAAUCCAUCCGGUAAGCUAAAGCGUUCGCGCUCUGCAGAUCCUGUGUAUCAUUCUGGUCCUUAUACAGCUGCUUUCUUGGAUUCUACAACGUCUUCUGGAGCUUCCACUAGGUCACAUGAAUCUUCUGUUUCUGCUCCUGGUUCCUUCUCUUCUCCUUCUACAGGGAAUUUUGUGCAUAAUGGUUCGCUCGCCCCUUUCAGAUUCGCUUCAAGGUCUACUGACAGCACUACGAGCAGUCAUUCUGCAUCAUCGUCCCGUAGUUCUCCCGUUACAAGGGCUUCGUCCAUCUUUUCGAUCGCCUCAGACCUAUCUGAAAUGAGUUUCAUGGAUGACGAGUCGAGCAAUCUGUCCUUUGAAGGUAAACUAUUGAAUAGCAAUAAAGAUCUCAGAUUAGAUGAGGCUUUGCAAAGGAUCUCUAUGUUGAAAAGCAUGUCACAUUUGUCUGUGAGCCAGUUAGCAGAAGAAGGGGGUCCAGAUCAUAAGUCAGUUCUUCCGAGUAAAGAAAAGUUAGAUUGUCUCUCUGUCACCCGACAACCUAAUUUACCUCCUAAGGAUAGAUUUGAAUCCAUAAAGCAUCAAAGAGAUUAUGAGAGUCUGGUGGAAACACAGAUCCAUGAGGAGAAGCAGAAGCUGGCGGAGUACAGGACUCAGCAAGAUCAGCUGAAGAAGCGUGACGACCAUGAUUUUAAGCUUUGGCAGAUGGUGUGUCAGAAGUACGACAUAUUGGUAUGUCUACCCACUACACGAGAACUUUGGUGGCGUGGAAUUCCCGCCAAGGGUGGUCUUCGUGGCAGUAUAUGGCGUCAUCAGCUGGUCGGCAAGCGUAAACUUAAGUGCGAUCUCAAGCAAUGUCUUAGUGAGGCACACGAGAUCAUCGAUAAAGCUUGCGAUUACAAAACUACCAUCAGUGAAUUGGGCAGAAAGAAGUUCGAAAAGGAGAAUGUGGAAAUAAUGACUGUCAUUCAGAGUGUGGAGGUGUAUUCUAACCAGAUCCAGAGGUGUUUCCCCAACUUAUUGGUCUUCCAGCUCGGUACAACCUUCGAAUCCGUUCUAUCCAUUGCCAUUGCAUUUGAUAUCAUGAAAGCACAUGAAGAAAGUGUAGAGCUCAGUCUUAUAGAAACUGGUAAACUUCUUCAUCUCAUAUGUGUUCUUCUUAAAAACUUGGAAUCGGAGGAAUUGACCCUCCAUGCCUUGAUUGACUUGAUUCUCAAGAGGUUACCUCGUGCCUUGCUUACCUCCAAAAAUAUUCCUAGAACGCUAAACGAGCAGUUGCAGUUUGAGAAGGGCCACCAGUUUGAAAAAGACAGUGGAUACUUGAAGGACAUUAAGGAUCAGUUCGAUAGGUUCUUGCUUAGCACUUCACCUAACGUCUAUAACCAUUUUGUUCAGCACGGUGUGAACACACUCGUUCUCAUUCAGAGUGCCACUGCCAACCUGUUUUCGACAUUGUUGAAUAUGGAUGUUCUUGAAAGAAUUCUUGAUAUCUAUAUCUUUGAAGGAGAUACUUUUCUAUUGCGAUGUCUGCUAGCACUGAUCAAGAAAGUAUCCUACAAGCUCUACGGUAGCUGUGACGAGAUAUAUAAAGUGCUCGGAGAAAACUGUUUGGAUGCUCUCAAUAGGCACACUAGUAGGAAAGGUGCCCUUGCAGGGUAUGUCUAUUUGGAUGUGGGCGAAGCUGAUCAUUUCAUACGUGAUGUUAGAAGCAUUCUUAGAAGACACACGUCUUGA